AUGACACCAAUCAUAUCCUUUCUUCAAGAUGGGCACCUCCCUCAAGAUGUCAAGGAAGUCAGAAAGAUUAAGAAGAGAGCAGCCACAUUCACGAUUCUUAACGACACACUAUACAAGAAAGGCUUUUUCAUGCCUUACCUGAAGUGUGUUGACAAAGAAGAAGCCAAAUAUAUUCUAAAAGAGAUCCAUAAAGGAGUUUGCAGAGACCAUGCAGGCCCCAGAUCGCUGAUAGAUGCAAGGGAGGUCGUCAAGAGGUGUGACAAGUGCCAAAGGUUUGGGAACGUCCAAUGCCUUCCAGCGGAAAGACUGACGAUAAUAUCUUCCUCCUGGCCCUUUGCACAAUGGGGAAUCGAUAUCGUCGGCUCACUACCUCAAGGCCUAGGGAUCAAGAACCAGUUCUCAUCCCUAGGACAUCCACAUGCAAAUGGACAGAUAGAGGUAACGAAUCGGACACUGCUCAAGAUAAUCAAGGCCAAGUUAGACGAUGCAAAAGGUGCCUGGUCGGAAGAAUUGUCCAGCGUCUUGUGGGCCUACAAGACCAUGGCAAGAACCUCGAUAGGAGAAACCCCCUUCCGACUCACCUACGGUACUGAGGCAAUGAUCCCGGUUGAGGUAGGAAUAACCAACACCAAGUGA